ACCCCGUCAACUCGGAUCUCAGGCGAAAGACGUCGAAAGACGUAGGUUACCAUUUGACGUGUCUGCCUGCCCCUGAUAGCAUUCCGCUUGACCUGUUCAUCAUUCACAUUACCUGCUUUCAGCUAGUAUAUAGAUAUUCUGCAGUGCAACAUGUUUGUUGGGCCCUUUGACGGCCGCAAGAAGCGUUCGCGUUGCCAAGCAUGCUCAACAAGCCACCUAAAGUGUUCUGGCCAAGCUCCCUGCAGCAAUUGUGAGCGCCGGCAUAUAACUUGCAUAUUUGGGCCCACCACUCAAAAGGGAAGCUCCAACAUCAUCUUGGUUGAAAGAGGCGAGCAGAAGACUCCCGCCACCUUCAAGUCAUAUAUUAGAACAAGAGAGAAGCAGUCUCCCUCCAGCACUGGGAGCUCCAUAGUUUCAUCUCCAUCGGCUCUUACGGACAAUGCUCUUUCGUUUCUUUAUUAUUUUGAUGUUUUUGCCAAGCGGAACAAUUUCACGGGGAAAGAGCACCUAUUUUCUGACGAGAUGAAGCGGCUCUCUGGAUUUCAUUCUAGCUCUUAUCUCAUGGAUGCCAUGCUAUCUAUUGGUGCAAUACAAGCAAUCAAAUUAAAGGCACCCGACGCCCCUUCACGAAAUGAAUGCUUGACGACCGCCCUAGAGCACUACUCGAAAUCCAUCAUAGGGCUGCGUGAUUCUAUCAACAGCCCUCGUAAACGAGAUGAUAGCCGACAGAACACGGUACUGUGGACAACGCUCUUGCUUGGCUUAUUUGAACUAAUAAAUGAUGAGACUGGUAAUGGUUGGCAGCAGCACAUGACCCAUGGAACGGCAAAGGCUCUUGAAGCUAGCGGUCCGAUAAAUUGUCGGGCAGGCCCAAGCCGAAAGUUCUUCGUUCAAGCGCGCAUUUUCGAAGUAUCACGUACUAUUCUAGAAAAUGAGUCCACGUUCCUCACACAGCCCGAAUGGAUGGAUCUCUCUCGGCGGAUGUGGACCGGCGAGCAUGGGGAUGAGUGGCAUCCUUUGGACUCUUUGCUUGAUAUCAUGGUUACAGUAUCUAAAUUACGGGUUCAGACGGCAGAAUUUAUCGAAAUGCAUGAAGAAUGCGCUGAUGAGGAGCUUACUACAAGAGGUAAAUCUAUAUGUUCUGAUGCCUGCACCCUGAAAGAAGCUUUGGGUAGUUGGUAUGCAUCAUAUGCACUGCCCAUAAAUAAACCAGUUACCCAAACCAUGACCAAAGAAAACGAUAGCAUGCUACUCUCGAGGGUAUUCUUCGCCGCUAUCAGCAUCUAUUUGUCAGGAAUAUUCGACUAUGAAAUCACGCAUUGGCACAAUAUCGCUAUCACACCGCCGACACUGAAUGAAGAAACAGUCCAGAUGCAUACGAAUGCAAUACUUGAACUCUCUGCUCUUGCUCUUGAUACGACCAAUCUCUCACCGCUGCUUUUCUUGUUCCCUCUAAGGAUAGCAGGAGCUAGAUCUAGAACACAAUGGCAACGAGACUGGGUAACGAGGCUAGUAACAAGGAUUGGCAGCGGAUUUGCCGUGGCGGCUGCAAUUUUAACAGAACUAAGCUACGUUUGGGAAAUAUUUGGCCUUGAAGAGUCACGCAAUAAACUCGGAGAAUUUGAGGUGAUCUAUGAUGCAUCAAGGUAGGCAGAUAACAUCGACGGAAUAUACCCAGACUGGAAAUCUUCCUCCUGUUAACUAUCGUACAUCAUAUACGGGU